GUUUAUUUUUGUUGAAACAACACGUUUCCAAACAACGUUGAACUGCGUGGCGUGAGAGAUUGCCUUUCCAACUAUAAACUCACUCACUUCUGUGACUUCAUCUACAGAGUUGAAGAUGACGAUGAUGACAAAGACGAUGACGAUCAUAACCACAUGAGUAAUGAUAAAGAUCAUGAUAGGGAUUGUAGACUAAGGAAUAAUGAUGUUGAUGUUGAUGAUGACUAUGAUGAUGAUAAAGUUCAGGCUAUGACUGACGGUUACAGUUUAUCAUCAAUUAAGUACUUGAUAGAGCUAACGUCAGCUCACAUGAGUGAACUGCUUAGAGUCAUCUGCCUGCACUGUCUCAUUGAAACUAACGAAUUCAAUCAUCAGACCGAAUUCGGGUUCGAUGAAAUCUCAUCCAUAGUGAAACAACUCCUGAUGGAAACCAAUCGACAAACUAAACCUCUAGAAAACUGCCUGACUUUGUUUCAAACAGUGCAAAAUAAGAUGGCGGACGAAACCGGAAGUAGUGAUCACGUGAGCAGGGUUGGGAGUGACUGGCCGUUGGGUGCACGCGGAAAUGCCCUGAGAAGUAUGCAGGUGGUUGUUCACAGUCUCAAGUUGCAUCUGCAGUCUGCUCUCAUGAGGACUCAUAAAACAGAGGAUGCAAAUAAAAAAAGCCAAGACAAUAUCGACAAUGAAGAUUAUGAAAAUGGCACUGAUGGAAAUAGCGAAGUUGAAAUGCGCGCUUUUGAGUUAAUUGCUGCCGAAGCUAAGCAGAUUGGCCAGGAGCUGAAAGCUAGCAAGGAUUGUUUGGAAGAGCUGGAAUCAUUAGUUGCUAAAUUGACUAGAGCUAAGGAUUUAGAAGGCUCCUCAAAGCAGGCAUCCAGUGUGCGUGAGCAAGCCGUUGUAAGCGACAGUAAUGAUGUUGGCAGUGCCAAAGAACCUGUGCUAGUCACAUCUGAUGAUGUCCCUAAGACGGAAGACGAAGUCUUUGAAGCCUUGAGUAUGCCCAGAAAGAAUGGAACAGCCACUGAGGAAGAUGAUGAUCUCGAACAUAAUGUGAAAGUUUCAUCUGUUAUGCAGUAUUUCGGUAAUAUGAUAGGAGAUUCGGAUUCAGACGAUGCAGAUGCAGAUGGUGGCGCUGGUGUUGAUGGCGCUGGAAGUUGUGGUGGCGGCGGCAGUUUCUUCUCGGCAGCCGGUGAUGACGACGACGACGACGAUGAAGCCCAUCACAAUGAUAAUGACGAUGACGUCAGCGAAAGCCAGAGUAGUGACGUAGAUUCUGACGACAUUUAUCACGUGACCGAUGACGACGAAGGAUUUGAUGGCGUUAACGUUGGCUACGAUGACGACGAUGACGAAGACGAUGACGAUAUCAACGACAAUAACAUUAAUAAUAAUAAUUAA